AUGAUGUGUGAGGUGAUGCCCACCAUUUCGGAGGACGGGCGCAGCGGAGGCCCCUCCUCUCCCGGGGUCGGGGCUGGGAUUGGAGGCCCUGGUGGGGCCAUGGGGGGAGGGGGCUACGGUGGCCGAGGGGAAUCCAGGGGCGCGGUUGACGAGGGGGGCAGCACAGGGAACCUGGAAUCCCUGAUGGUCAACAUGCUGACCGAGAGGGAGAGGCUGUUGGAGAGCCUGAGGGAGACCCAGGACAGCCUUGGGACGGCCCAGCUACGCCUCAGAGAGCUGGGCCACGAGAAGGACUCCCUCUCGAGACAGCUGUCCAUCGCCCUGCCACAGGUACCGUAUAGAGUGUGUGUUUGUGUUUGUGUGUAUGUGGUGCAGUUGUGUUUGGGUGUGUAUGGGGUACAUUUGGGCGAUAUCCAGAGUUUCAUACUGUCAUAUCGUUUCUGUACCAUGUGUUACCGAAUUUGCACACAAGGGGCACUUUUUAAAAAACUAAACAAAAAAACAAUUUAGUCAUCAGGGAUCUUGAUCCAGGAGGAGAUUGAAAAUAUCUGCUGUAACCAAGAAGCUUGAUCUUGACAUCUAACCACUUAGCUAGAAAGUUUGCAAACCAAAUGCAUAGCUGGAGCCCUGAGCUGGAUAUAUUUUAUUACAUCAUAGAUUGUUAUAGUUAUACUUAACUUAUAGUUAGAAGCAGUUGCGUCUGUAUUUAGAAAUAUCCCGGUAUAAGGUAUAAACAGUAUAUCACCCAAGCCUAGUACGGGGGGUUGUGUAUAGUAUAUCUGUGUAUGAGUGUGGGUACAGUCAGUAUAUGUUCACGUGAGUAUGUGGGUAUGAUUGGCAUGUCUAAGUGUGUGUGUGUGCGUUUUGUGUGCAACUGCAUGUGUGUGUGUUCAUGCAUGCUCGUGCAUGUCGUGUGUGUACAGUUGAAGUCGAAGUUUACAUACACCUUAGCCAAAUACAUUUAAACUCAGUUUUUCACAAUUCCUGACAUUUAAUCCUAGUAAAAAUUCCCUGUCUUAGGUCAGUUAGGAUCAACACUUUAUUUUAAGAAUGUGAAAUGUCAGAAUAAUAGUAGAGAGAAUGAUUUAUUUCAGCAUUUAUUUAUUUCAUCACAUUCCCAGUGGGUCAGAAGUUUACAUACACUCAAUUAGUAUUUGGUAGCAUUGCCUUUAAAUUGUUUAACUUGUGUCAAACGUUUCGGGUUGCCUUCCACAGGCUUCCCACAAUACGUUGGGUGAAUUUUGGCCCAUUCCUCCUGACAAAGCUGGUGUAACUGAGUCAGGUUUGUAGGCCUCCUUGCUCACACACGCUUUUUCAGUUCUGCCCACACAUUUUCUAUAGGAUUUGAGGUCAGGGCUUUGUGAUGGCCACUGUCAUACCUUGACUUUGUUGUCCUUAAGCCAUUUUGCCACAACUUUGGAAGUAAGACCCAUUUGCGACCAAGCUUUAACUUCCUGACUGAUGUCCUGAGAUGUUGCUUCAAUAUAUCCACAUAAUUUUCCUUCCUCAUGAUGCCAUCUAUUUAGUGAAGUGCACCAGUCCCUCCUGCAGCAAAGCACCCCAACAGCAUGGUGCUUGCCUAUGGAGCAGUGAGGGGAACGGCACCUCUGUACCUUCAGGCUCUGAUCAGUCCCUACACCCAAACGAGGGCAUUGCGUUCAUCCACCUCUGGCCUGCUGGCUCCCCUUCCUCUGCGGAAGCAUAGUUCCCGCUCAGCCCAGGCAAAACUGUUCGCUGCUCUGGCACCCCAAUGGUGGAACAAGCUCCCUCACGACGCCAGGACAGCGGAGUCACUCACCACCUUCCGGAGACAUUUGAAACCCCACCUCUUUAAGGAAUACCUGGGAUAGGAUAAAGUAAUCCUUCUAACCCCCCCCCCCCCCCCCCCAAAUUGUAAAGUGGUUAUCCCACUGGCUAUAGGGUAAACGCACCAAUUUGUGAGUCGCUCUGGCUAAGAGCGUCUGCUAAAUGACGUUAAUGUGCCCUUGAGCAAGGCACUUAACCCUAAUUGCUCCUGUAAGUCGCUCUGGAUAAGAGCGUCUGCUAAAUGACUAAAAUGUAAAAUGUAAUGAUGCUGCCACCCCGGUGCUUCACGGUUGGGAUGGUGUUCUUCGGCUGGCAAGCAUCCCCCUUUUUCCUCCAAACAUAACGACGGUCAUUAUGGCCAAACAGUUCUAUUUUUGUUUCAUCAGACAAGAGGACAUUUCUCCAAAAAGUACAAUCUUUGUCCCCAUGUGCAGUUGCAAAUCAUAGUCUGGCUUUUUUAUGGCGGUUUUGGAGCAGUGGCUUCUUCCUUGCUGAGAGACCUUUCAGGUUAUGUCGAUAUAGGAGUCGUUUUACUGUGGAUAUCGAUAAUUUUGUACCUGUUUCAUCCAGCAUCUUCACAAGGUCCUUUGCUGUUGUUCUGAGAUUGAUUUGCACUUUUCGCACCAAAGUACGUUCAUCUCUAGGAGACUGAACACGUCUCCUUCCUGAGCGGUAUGACGGCUGCGUGGUCCCAUGGUGUUUAUACUUGCAUACUAUUGUUUGUACAGAUGAACGUGGUACCUUCAGGCGUUUGGAAAUUGCUCCCAAGGAUGAACCAGACUUGUGGAGGUCUACAAUGUGUUUUCUGAGGUCUUGGCUGAUUUCUUUUGAUUUUACCAAGAUGUCAAGCAAAGAGGCACUGAGUUUGAAGGUAGGCCUUGAAAUACAUCCACAGGUACACCUCCAAUUGACUCAAAUGAUGUCAAUUAGCCUAUCAGAAGCUUCUAAAGCCAUGACAUAAUUUUCUGGAAUUUCCCAAGCUGUUUAAAGGCACAGUCAACUUAGUGUUUGUAAACUUCUGACCCACUGGAAUUGUGAUACAGUGUAUUAUAAGUCUGUAAACAAUUGUUGGAAAAAUGACUUGUGUCAAGCAGAAAGUAGAUGUCCUAACCGACUUGCCAAAACUAUAGUUUGUUAACAAGAAAUUUGUGGAGUGGUUGAAAAACAAGUUUUAAUGACUCCAACCUAAGUGUAUGUAAACCUCCGACUUCAACUGUAUGUGUCAGUUGCAGAGCAAAGCUGGCUCAAAAUAAGUCCCUGCAGUGACAGAUCAGUGUGCUCCAUCCACCAUGUAGAGAAAAAACUAUAGACUGUAGAUAGGGACAUCCAUUAAUUAUAUUACUGCCUCUUUAGAAUAGCCGCACUAGUAUUGUGCUUACACACAGAGAGGAUUUGUGCUUAUGUUCCCUUUUUGUCUUUUUUCUCCCUUACUUGUUUCAGCAUUUUCUUAUAGCUAUUUUUCAUCUCAGAGUGAGGGAAACAUUUGUUUGUUUUUAGCACUGUAAUAACCAUACAUGCAUUAGCCUAAUAGGGAAUUAUACAGUAGUACUGUGUUCAUAUUUUUCAUUAGAUUGACCUUCAUGGCCACCGUAGGUGAAGGCUAAUCUUCUUCAGUGGGUAUAUUCUCCCUCAAAAAUAUCAUAUUUAAAUCAGGUUUGAUGAAACGUAUCUUUGUUUACAUAUCCCCUACCUGUGCACACACACAGCUUAUUAUGAAAAGUAGAUUGUUGAACAUUACCCCAAUACCAUUCUGUGAUUUUAGAUUAGAACUAAUACGUUUGCAUAUAAGUACACAACACGCAUUCCGUACAAUAAACAAACAAGCGUAUGUGAACUGUACAGUAUACAUACCACACGACAACCAAUUGGACCAUGUGAUAAAGGGUAUGUUUGUAUGCUACUCUUUAAAUAAGAGUUCUACUGAAUGGAGCCUAUAGUUUUUCAUUGACCAUACAGUCAGACAGUGAGAAUGGAAUAAAAAUAAAUUAGAAGAGAUGCCAAGUGAAAUUCAGAGCUUUAUCCAAACAAGGACCAAUCCCAGAAGGCCGAGCGCCAACGGUCCUACUGUGUCACCAUCUGUAUACUCCCCUUCUCUUAUCUCCGAUUUGCAUUUCGAAUGCAAUUGUUACUAUGGCUUACAUUGCAGCGUAACACAUUGUCAUUGUAGUCCUCUAGUCUAAAGGUGGUGCUUGUGCCUCAAAACGAAGGUUCUUAAGCUUGUGCUUUCAAAAUGAACAUUCUAAAGCUUGUGCCUACAAAAUGAAUCUAAAGUUGUUUUUCUGUUCUCCAAAUAAUAGGAUCAUCAUUUUUUUGGGAAGACUUAUGAUCAGAAGGAAUGAUUAAACAUUUGUUCCAUGUUAUAUUACCUUGUGAUGGCAAUAUAUUUUACUCACACUGUUGUUGACAGUGUGUUUCCAGUUAGCAUUGUAAGUGACACAUCAAUGCUGUGAGUGUUUCUCAUCUCUCCAAUGCAUUUCAGUGCAGUAUCAUUGUGUAACACAGUGAUGUAAUCCUUGAAGGCCAGUUCACAGAGGAGGCUAUGAGCCUGAGACUGAUAGUGUGUGUGUGUGUGUGUGUGUGUGUGUGUGUGUGUGUGUGUGUGUGUGUGUUUACAGAGUUGGUUGCACACCUUGAAGACUAAAGUAUAUUUCCUGUAAUGUUGCAUCUACCUUGAUUAAGUAUAUGUGAGCAUGUUACAGGUCGCCCAUAUUGUUCAUGAAUGUUAUGUUAUGUUGCUUGGGGGUUAUGCAGGAGUUUGCUGUUCUGACUAAGGAGCUGAAUGUUUGCCGGGAGCAGCUACUGGAGAGGGAAGAGGAGAUUUCUGAGCUCAAGGCGGAGAGAAACAACACACGUGUAAGAUAUUAAUCGGCCAUUUUACUCAGUAGCACUCUCACAGCAGUUGUGUUUGUUAAUACUCAUUCUUCUCCUCUCUAGUACUCACUUUCACAUUUUCUCCAUCCAUCCCCCUGCCCUCCUUUUCUCUCCACGUUUCUCCCCCUUCGCUUUCUGCCACCUUCCCUUGUCUCUCUCUCCCUCUCCUCCUCUGCCUCUCUUACCUUCUCUCUCCUCCUCUGCCUCUCUUACCUUCUCUCUCCUCCUCUGCCUCUCUUACCUUCUCUCUCCUCCUCUGCCUCUCUUACCUUCUCUCUCCCUCUGCCUCUCUUAACCUUCCUCUCCUCCUCUGUCUCUCUUACCUUCUCCUCCUCCUCUGCCUCUCUUAUCUCUCUCCUCCUCUGCCUCUCUUACUUCUCUCUUCUCUCUCUCUUCUUCUCUCCCCCUCUGCCUCUUACUCUACCUCCUCCUCUGCUCUCUUACCUCUCUCUCUCUCUGCCUACUCUUACCUUCUCUCUCCUCUCUGCCUCUCUUACCUUCUCUCUCCUCCUCUGCCUCUACCUUCUCUCCCCUCUCUCUCUUACCUCUCUUCCUCCCUCUGCCUCUCUUACCUUCCCUCUCCUCCUCUGCCUCUCUUACUUCUCUUCUUCCUCUCUGCCUCCUUACCUUCCCCUCCUUGCUCUCUUACUCUUCUCUCUCCUCCUCCUCCUCCUCUUACCUCCUCUCUCUUACCUUCUUCCCUCUCCUCCUCUGCCUCUCUUACCUUCUCUCUCCUCCUCUGCUCUCUUCUCUUCUCUCUCUACCUUCCUCUCUUACCUUCCUCAUCUCUCCUCUGCCUCUUACCUUCUCUCUCUUCUGCUCUUACCUUCUCUCUCCUCCUCUGCCUCUCUUACCUUCUCUCUCCUCCUCUGCCUCUCUUACCUUCCCUCUCCUCCUCUGCCUCUCUUACCUUCUCUCUCCUCCUCUGCCUCUCUUACCUUCCCUCUCCUCCUCUGUCUCUCUUACCUUCUCUCCCCUCCUUUUUCUUUAUUUUUCCUUCUACUCUACUUGUCUUUCUCACCUUUUACUUUGCCUCUCCCUCCAUCUCCUUCCCCGUGUCUCUUACUCCUCUGCCUCGCUCUCUUUCUCUCUCUUCCUCUACCUCAAUGUCUUUAUCUGCCUCUUUCUCUCUCUCUUUGUCUUUCUUUGUCUUUCUCCUCCCCCCCCCCCCUCUUCCACUCUUCCUUUCUCUUUCCACAUUUUCCACUCUUCCUCUCCCCUCCCUUAGUUGUUACUAGAGCACCUGGAGUGUCUUGUGUCUCGUCAUGAACGCAGUCUGAGGAUGACGGUGGUGAAGAGGCAGGCCCAGUCCCCGGCGGGGGUCUCCAGUGAAGUGGAGGUCCUCAAGGCCCUCAAGUCCCUGUUUGAGCACCACAAGGCUUUGGAUGAGAAGGUGGGCGACCAGGCUGCCAUUUUGGGGUCUCCAUCCCAACUCAUAAGCAGCUACUGUAGCUUUCUCUCAACAGUCGCUUUUUUGUUUUGAUGAAAGGAUCCAUACAGACACAUUUCUCAGCAUUUCUCAUUCAUCUGUUAUUUUUGGCCCCUAAGGUUCGAGAGCGACUCCGUGUGGCCCUUGAGAGAGUGACCCUUUUGGAGGAUCAACUACAAGCAUCCGCUCAAGAGGUAAAAGCCAUACGGGAUACAUAUGUUUUAUUAGAGCAUGUUAUAGCUCAAUUUCUUGAUAAUAAGAAAGAUACAAAUGCAUUCACUCUUUUUUUCCACCAUUUACCUCUCUUGCAGGUCAUCUCUUUAAGAGACCAAAUUAAAAGACGACAACAAGGGUUGGACGGCGGGAAAGAUGUAAGGGGGCAUUUUUGCACGUUGUUUCCAUUGUGUUUGUUUGUGUCCUAAACUUAACAACAGUACUAUAGCAUAUGGGCAUUAUGAUGCGUUUGUUCUUUAGUCUGUCUCUUUGAUAUUCAACAGUCAGAUGAUGGGUCUAAUUCAUCUUGUACCCAUCGCUCUCCUUUCUCGAUACCAUCAUCCCCGGCGACAACAGCGCCUACCCAAUGGACCCUCCUCUGGAUUGGACGAUGGUGAGAUCGACAGACAGAGAGAAACGGAGAUAGAGCGGCAGAGAGCCGAGCUCUCCCAGCUGAAAGAAAGACUGGCCCUUAUGUGUCGACAGGUGGGGUUUAGAGAGAGAGAGAGAGAGAGAGAGAGAGAGAGAGAGAGAGAGAGAGAGAGUAUAUAGCCUGCCCUACAUGUAAUGGUAUAUGUAUGCAUUGCCUAAUUUAUUAUUAACCAUAGUUUAGCCUAUACCGUUAUAAACCAUUCCCAAUGAUAUUGUGUGUGAGAGAGAGAGAAAGAGAGAGAGAGAGAGAGAGAGAGAGAGAGAGAGAGAGAGCGAGCGAGCGAGCGAGCGAGCGAGUGAGUGAGUGAGUGAGUGAGUGAGUGAGUGAGUGAGCGAGUGAGAGGAGCGAGAGAGAGAGAACAAGAGUGAAAGAGAGAGAAGAGAGAGAAGAGAGAAAAAUAGAUUAGGUUGGGGGUUGUAUGAAAGAUUGUUUAAACCAGUUCCCCUCUUCCCUCUUGUGGACAGUCAUAACAUUGCAUCUGUUCUGCAAAAACCACACAGCCCGAUUACUGUACAUGACGGUCUUUAACAUAAACCUGCCUCUGUCCAAACCAGUGCUUUACGUCUUCACUCAUGAAGGCCCUCUGUCCUGUUAUAGUCCCGUAUUGUCCCUUACCAUCUUAUCGCCCUUCCUCAUGUCACGUCAGGUUGGGGAAAUAGAGGAACAGCUUGCAGCCGCCAGGAGGGAGGUGACGAAGUCGGAGGAGGCCAAUCAGAAGCUCCAGAGGGAUGUGAAGGAGGUCUGUCGGGCCAAUCUGUUCUUGGCCAAGGCCUUAGAUCAGGGGUGGGCAAACUUUUUGGCUCAAGGGCCACAUCGGGAUUGCGAAAUUCAACGGCGGGCCACACAUCAUUUUUUUUUUUUUGGGGGGGGGGGGGCGAUUUCUUCGUCAAAAUCUAUUUGCGGGCCAGAAAAAGGGAAGUUAUUUCAAAAUUAGAUAGGUCCAUUAUCAUUUCUACAUACUUUCUAUCUAGUUUUAGAUGUUAAAGUGUGGACUCAAGCAUUUUUUAAACACAAAAUACAAUUUCCCCCCCCCCCAAAACGAAAUAAUAAUAAUUGUCUGGUGGGCCAGAUGCGACCCGCGGGCAGUAGUUUGCCCACCCCUGCCUUAUAUUCUAUCAGCUCCCGGGCCUUUCUGUUCCAGCUACUGUUCCAUCCCACUAUGUGCAUCCAAUUCAAAUAUCUCAAGCACAGAGCCUUGGAAUGCCUAGUAUGAAUUUGGGGAAAAGAGGCAUUUAUGAGUCAUAUUCAUCAUGAAUCAAUGGCUAUUCAUUUCAAAGUCAAAAAAUGGCUGUACCAAUCCCAGAUUGUUCCUUUAAUAGUAAAUGCUUAAUAAUACAUAAUAAAGGCCUAUUUAGCUACUUAUGUUGCACAUGAGUGCCUAUAUUGGGGUCCUUAUACAAUAGUUGUACCUUUUGGAUAGAAUAUGAAAGAAGAGCCCUAGGUGUCAAGAAAGACAAGAGCAGCUGUGCACAUAUAAAAUGACUGAACAAAUGUGAUAAUGAAUAGUCAAUCCAUAGUCAAUUCAUAUGAAUGUGCACAUUUCUCUGUUAGAUGUUUAGGUUACCAUUUGACACUGUUCGUAAUGUUACAAUGUGCAAUGUAUAAUUUAUGUGUUUAUUUGGAUGAUUAAACAUGCUUCACUAUCUGCAUCAUUCAGGCUCUGUGCCAAAGGGAGGAUAUGGAGGAGAGGAUCACCACAUUAGAACGCAGGUAACCCUCUUUUUAACACCCUUUUUAACACCCGGUACUAUGGUGACUAACUACCAGGUGUUUUCCUCAUUAUCUGAAAAGGUGUCACCAAGGUGUCACAACACCUGUACCUCGCACCUUUCCUCUUUAUCGCACCGCUUGGGUAUUUUCAAUUGUUACAGCGCACUGCAAGAGUUGGCUUGUGUCUACAUACUGUGAAGAGUGGAAAUUCAUAACUAAUGGUCAUGGAUGUUGUGGAGCAUAAAUGCACGUAAACAUCAUUUAGGCACCUUUAUGUUGGUGGAAAGCAUUUACGCACCUAUCGUGCCAAAUACAUUUUGCAUUUACAGUGCUCGCUGCCGGUCAUCUUGACCGACGUUCAACGUUGGUAAUAUACUCCCUUUUUUUUCCUGCUAACAAUGUAUCCAUGUUGUUUGCAGGUACCUCAGUGCUCAGAGGGAAGCAACCUCUCUACAUGACAUCAAAGACAAGCUGGAGAAUGAGCUUGCCAGCAAGGAGUCACUGCACAGACAGGUAAUGGUUAAUGAACGACUACAAGCAUGGUUUACAUAGAUGUACAAUAACCCUGUACAAAUGGAUAGGAUAUAUCCAGAGCAACAUUGUCUUUUAAUACUUAGGGCCCGAUUCUUAUGGCCAAUUCCCUGUACUUAGAUUUAUCUUAGACAGGUACAUCAUUCUCAGUGGAGAAUCUCCAUUGAAAGUAUAUGUUAGUCCAGGGCUAGGCUUAAUCCGGGUCCAGAAAAACGGCCCUCGGACUCAGACCUGGAUUUUAGUACAGUGUAUCAAAAUAUCUUAGACUUCAUCUGCUCUCUUCCCUCCUCUCUUCCUGUGUGCUGUCAGAGUGAGGAGAAGAACAGGCAGCUCCAGGAGCGUCUGGACGACGCCAAGCAGAAGCUCCAGCAGACCCUGCAGAGGGCCGAGACACUGCCCGAGAUCGAGGCCCAGCUCGCCCAGAGAGUGGCUGCCCUCAACAAGGUACUGUAGUGUACAGGAUGUCUGAGUUCACUGUCUUUAUUCUGUUUUCAAAUGUGGAUCUGAACUGUCUGUCUGUUAAACUGUUUGGUUGUCCGUCUGUCUCUUUCCACAUUCUACCUGAAUGCGUCCGUCUCUGUUUCAGUUUGUCAGUCUCCCGUGUUUCCUGUCUGUCCGUCUGUCUGUCCGUAUGGCUGUCUAUCCGUAUGUCUGUCCGUCUGUCCAACUGUCCGUCUCUCCAUUUGUAUGACCUGAGAAGUCCUCCUAUUGGCAACCCAUCUAUCUUUCAAUGUGUUAGUCUGAGUUUAUAUUUGAUCUCAUGUACAGAGAUCUUCACUCGCUUUUCUAUUUAGGCAGAGGAACGCCAUGGGAACUUUGAGGAGCGACUACGACAGAUGGAGGCACAACUUGAAGAGAAGAAUCAGGAGUUGCAGAGG